AUGGAUAGCAGCAUCAGAAGAACCAAUCCAGAUGAUGAUGAUGAUGAUGAUUUCGAUGUGGGUUUUGGUCAUCUUCAUCAAAUUACCAAUCUCAACACCAACGGAAAGAGAAGACAUCCUCAGACACAGGUAAGCACAAUCGAACCCAUCACUCCUCAAUCUGAACAACCACCAGAUCGCGAUGCUGAAAACUCUCUUAAUGACUUCACUUACUUUCAAGAAUGGCUAUUGUUAGAAAUUCUUGUAAGAUUGCCUGUAAAAUCAAUCUUUAGGUUCAAAUGUGUAUGCAAACACUGGCUCUCUAUCAUUUCCGAUCCUUCUUUUGCUCGCUCCUAUGUUAUCAAUCGAUCGUCUCAGUGCUUCAGAAUCCUUUAUCGGUACAUUUAUGUUUCGGGUUUUCAAGAAAUUCUAUGCCGUCUUCGUCCUGAUGUGUACAUGUCCCAGAAAUCAUCUCUUCUGUUUCUAUCUUCUUUUGAAGAACAACAACAAUUGGAUCAGUAUAAGGUCUUAGCAAUGAGUAAUGGGUUGUUUUUGUAUUGUUUGUUGGGGCCUUUGAUCUACUAUGUGUGCGAUCCGGUUACCGGACAGUGGGUUAGCCUGCCUAGACCUGGAAAAAAUAUCCAUUUCCGCCCUGCAUAUACUGGGGAAGGGCUUGUUAGCCGAGUGAAUGAUGAAAAUGUGGUAACGAGCUACAAGGUGGUGCGUGUCGAAUGGAUUCCUGAGGAGUCUAAUGUGCUCAAUUUGGAGGCCUUCUCUUCCGACACAGGUGAAUGGAGGGAGGUUAAGCUGUUUGUGGCUCAUGGUGUUCGAUUGCUCAAACGUGGCGUUGGCCCUAUUCUCUUUAAUGGGAUACUGCAUUGGUUUACUUAUGAACACGGAAUGGUGGCCUUCGACCCUUACAAGAAUGCUAGGGAGGGCCAUCUCAUAAACUUGCCCGAGGGCAGGGACACUGCAAGUGUUUACAAAUAUGAUGGAAUUUUCCGGAUGUGCGAUGAGUGCCAGGGACACCUGAGAUAUUUUGAGACAGCUCCUGAUAUAGAGAACCAUUUUUGCUUCAGCAUGUGGGAACUCAAAGACUAUGAUAAAGGGGAAUGGUAUUUGGAGCAUCAAGCCACACUUCGAGACAUUUGGUCGGAUGAUCCUAACUUAAAUGGAAAUUUGUUAAGGGUGACUUUUGUUCCGUUAGCUUUCCAUCCAUUUAAAUUGGAUGUGGUGUAUCUAAGAUGCGUAGAGCUUUGUUGCAUCGUGUCUUAUAGCAUGCGAACAAAAAAGAUGGACGUUACAUUCCUUCCCAUUAGCAGUGCACACAACCUUUCUUGGCGCGUGCUGAUUCCAUUUGUGCUUCCAAUGUGGCCGACACCAGUUCCUCCUCUCUCUCGGAAGGCCAUUAAGAGUUUCUAA